AUGAAGGAGGGAAUUCCCGAUUUAAUACUAAAGUUUGAAAAGAAAGAAAAAGAAAGGCUGAAAAGAAAAAGAAAAAUAAAAACAAAUAGGAACAAUGUACAGAAUAGAGGAAGCCAGAGUUUUAUAUAUUUUCUUUUUUUACAUAAUAAAAAUAAAGUUGUUGAAAUCACUACAAAUAAUUUUGAUUUAUUAAAAGGCGAAAUUAUAGAAGUAAAAAAAUAUACCAGUAACAAUAAAUUAAAGGGAAUAAUUUUAACAAAUGCAAUUAAAAAUAAUCUAACCAAUUGUACUUUUGAAAAAUUAUAUAUUUCUUUGUCAAAUAUUUACACAUGUAUGCCCAUUACGAGUAAUUCGAAUGAACCCUUAAAAGAAAAAAAAAAUAUAGCCACUGUUAUUAUCAACAGCUAUAAAAUAUUAAUGGUAAACAAGAUAUAUGAGAAAUUUAAAAAAAUAGGGGGUCAGCUCAUCAAAAGUCAGCAAAAUGGAAAGGAAAAUAGCAUAUGA